AUGUCGAACCUGUACGAUGACGAGGACGGGGAUUUUUGCCUGCAGCCGCUGAUGCGCUGGGGGUCGGAUCGGUCAAAGAAGCAAAGGCCACGCUCGACCAGGCGAGUGCAUCGAGAAGCGGGUGGCAGUCCGAACCGCGAGGCUGUGGUGAUGAUCCUCAUGCUGGUGCUCGCAGACAGUCUCGCGAUAUACUGGAUUCUGGAUGAGCUGCUCACUGAUGUCAGCAUGGCGCAGGGCGAUUUCCAGAAUAUUCACGCGUCGGUUCUCAGAUCCGCAUAUCAAGACCUCCUUGAUCCAGGCAGAUCCCUGAGAAGAUUGUUCGUGAUGUAUCUUGCUCAGCGAACAUGGGGUACGAGCGACUGGAUACCAACCGAUCAGCUGGCAGGCAUUUUGACUGGGCUGACAUUGGCUUCUGAGAACGGAGUCUUCCCUGCGGUGAAUCCCGCGAAAAUCUCCUGUCUGAAGCUGCUGCCAACGGUCCAAGAGGAGUUGUCUGGCGUCAAGGUUUCGUCUUAUGAAGAUUGGCUACAACUGUUGAAAAGCCGCGCGGGUUCUGAAGUUGAUGCUGAUGCAGUCAGGCGACACCCUGGGUUGAAACUCACCGAUUUCUAUGAGAGCCUGCUGCAGGACAAGCCAAGUGCCAGAUUAUCAUCCCUAUGA